GAUGGUCGUGAUGGUCGUGAUGGUGGUGGCCGUGAUGGUGGUGGUGGUGCUCGUCCUCGCCGGCAGUGAACGUAUGUGCGGUGUAAUGGAAGCAAGCGUUGCUGCCCUUGAUCCACUCGGGGGACUGGACCGAUGGAUCGCCUUCGCCGAUGACCAUCUUGACGAUGCUGCCGUCGUCAUUCAGCUUAGCCAGGCCCGAGCCCGCAAAGUCGCCGGGAAUCUGAAACCCUGUCGGCACCGAUUGCGGCACGGCGUCUCUUGCCGGGGUGUUCUUUUGGGUGGCAAGCAAGAGCGAGGCCAGCUGUGCGGCGCUAUGCUUUUGGCUCGCGCUGGGCGGGUUGGCGCUUGUAUCGCCGAGGCUUUGGGUCAUGGCAGGUGAUCAGGAUCUCUGAGUGCAGCGGGCUGGUGGGUCGAUCAGUCGAAAGGGCGUAUCGAAGCAGCAGCGGGCCGGCGGUGAGAUCGAGC